CAAACCCCCCCGAACCGAUGUGGGAUAGAAACCCCACAGGGGUGCCCCGCUGCUAAGAAGUAAAGACCCCCCAGACACCCACUGAAAUGGAGAGAUCACCUCCCCAAACCCCCCCAAUUAGGCAAUUACUACUAAUGUCAAGUGUAUACGGUUUGUAUUAUUACUGCAACAAGAAGUUCUACUUCAUUCCCAAUCUCCCACCACCAAUGAACACCUCGUCAUUUAUUGACGCCUAGCCUACUGAAUUUUGUUGCUGGGCAUCAUCCAAUCAAAGCCUCAGAAUUCCUCGCUCUCUCCCUUCAGAGAGGUCCUCUAGAUUCAUUGAUAUGCAUCCUCUGAUUUUCUUCUUCAUCGUUCAUCUGUCUCUGCAAACUCAGCUCAUUUCUCUCCCCGUCUUUGCCCGGCAACUCCCCGGCCGCACCCUCCUCCAGAACCCCAACGCCUCCUCCUCCUGCCCCCUCGACUUUAAUAUCCUCCGCCAGUUGUUCCAGGGUUCCACUCGCCCCAACUUGGACACCUCCACUCAGUGCCAAUACAGCCGCCAAUCCCUCCGACUCGUCCUCUCCGACUAUCUCAGGCGCACCAACUCCUUCCUCCCUCCUCUCAGCUCCGCCGACUCCUGCUGGCAGGCUUACCAGUCUUUAGUCAACGAAUUCGUCCCCAGCAUGGACAUCCGCCGAUCCUGCGGCUUCCAGACUAGCUGGAUCUCCGAGGGCUGCAUGGGCAUCACCACCCGCGCCCGGUUCGAGUCCACCGUUUCUCAAUCUGCCCUACACGACGUUGUUUCCAAUUGCAACCAGUCCCUCGAGAACGGCUCCCCUUGUGCCGCGUGUACCACCAGCCUCUCCAGCCUCCUCGCCUCCUACCUCACCGGUCCCUCUGUCGGUAACCUCACCGACUGCACAGCCUACGGCUCCAUUUACGCCGCCGCCUUCGCCAACCAAUUCGGGCCCACUGACAAGGGUACCGCCAAAUGCUUGUUUUCCCUCGAUUUCGCUGCCACCAAUUCCAGUAAUAAGCGGAAAAGGAUCGAAGUUAGCGUGAUUGUGGUGGUAGGUGUGGUGGUUCUGGUCGUCCUUUUUUCCGGGCUCUGGUUCUGCCGUCAAAGAAGGAAAAGGAAAAUAAAAGCCAGCGAAAGAUGGAAAUUAAGCCAGGCAAACUCAGGUUCUGGCCCCGCCGCUUCUGGGUUGGAUUCAAUAAGUGGGAGCACUAAUUUAGUUAGGUUCACACUUGACGAAAUUAAGGCUGCCACCAACAAUUUUUCGAGGGAGAACAUAAUUGGAAGAGGAGGGUAUGGGAACGUGUACAAGGGUGUGUUGCCUGAUGGCUCUGAAGCGGCAUUGAAGAGGUUCAAGAAUUGUUCUGCUUUCGGGGAUGCCACUUUCACGCACGAGGUUGAGGUCAUUGCCAGCAUUAGGCAUGUCAAUCUCGUAGCUUUGAGAGGGUAUUGCGUGGCUACCGCUCCUUAUGAGGGUCACCAGAGGAUUAUUGUGUGCGAUCUGAUUAUGAAUGGGAGCCUUCACGACCAUCUAUUUGGAUUGAAUGAGAACAAGCUCAGUUGGCCAACUCGUCAAAAGAUUGCACUUGGGACGGCGAAGGGCUUGGCCUAUUUGCAUUACGGUGCACAACCUGCCAUAAUUCACAGGGACAUCAAAGCAAGUAAUAUACUUUUAGAUGAAACCUUUGAGCCUAAGGUGGCAGAUUUCGGAUUGGCUAAGUUUACCCCGGAGGGAAUGACUCACUUGAGCACUAGAGUGGCCGGCACCAUGGGAUAUGUGGCACCUGAGUAUGCUUUAUACGGGCAGCUAACUGAGAGGAGUGAUGUAUAUAGCUUCGGGGUUGUGCUUCUUGAGCUUUUGAGUGGGAAGAAAGCCAUUAUAGCAACUAACGAUGGCCAGCCUGUUGUUGUCACUGAUUGGGCUUGGUCGUUGGUGAGGAAUGGUAGAGCGCUAGAUGUUAUAGAAGAUGGUAUGGCUGAAAUGGGUCGUCCAGAAGUGUUGGAGAAAUAUGUGCUGAUUGCUGUUCUUUGCUCACAUCCGCAAUUGUAUGCCCGACCAACCAUGGACCAGGUUGUGAAGAUGUUGGACACUGACGAUGUGCCUGUUCCAUCAGUACCUGAACGUCCAAUUCCUCUUACUGCUGAUAUUGAUGAUAUCCAGAGAUCUGCCAGUAGUAGUGGCUCUGGUCAUCUGUCAACCGCUAAUGGUUACCAGCCAUACACACAGGAGAGAGAAUACUCCGAGACGCCCAAGGAAAUUCAAGAAAGCCCUCUUAGGAGAUAAAAAAAUGGUUAUCGUGAUUCUCUGUUAUUUUUUUACCGGAAAUUGGCAGAAGGCGCCUAUACUGGAAUUUUCUUUCCAUAGAUUUUUUUGGCCUAAUUCUUUGCUCAUUAUUAGAUUGUGCGAUUCUGAAAAUCAGAAUCACUAACACGGUAACAUCCACCAUUGUACAGUGUAUAGGUGUAGAACCAAUGUACAUAUUUGACCCCCUAGAGUUCAGAUUUUCCAAAGAACGAACGAUUGUUUUCCUGCUGUACCCCAAAAAACAUCAUCCCACAUCCAUCUUGAUCUCUUUAUGCCUAAAUAUUAAAUUGGUGAUUCUUCAUU